AAGUUUACGGUCGAAUUGAGAGAAAAAUGUGUGUAUCAGUCAUUUUUAACGUCACAAUGGAAAUUAAAAGAAAAAAACAUUCAAUUUACAUCAUCUACUUUUGACUGUGUCUACAAUAUUAAAACCGAUACACCAUCCGAGCGCAUUUAUCACUCCAUCUUUCAAUAUUUGUGCAUCGAUUCUGGCACAAAGCGUCUGUAUCGAUUCAAAUGGCAGUGAAACAUAGUGUAAACACAGUAUUUUGUGACUUGGUGUGAAUUCCAAUUUUUUCGCAACAGAUAUGUGAUGCAGUGAUAAACAUAAACAUUUCAAUUGGAACGAACAUAAGAAAAUUUUUUGUAUAUCAUCAUAAAACUUUAAUCAACAACAUCAUCAGCGAAUCAUUGAGACCAAUGAAGUUACUCACAUGAUUCACAUGAAUUGAAUUCAACAUUUUGAUUGUUAAAAAUUUCAUCAGCCGCGGCAGCAACUUGAUAAAAUUGCUUGUUUUUUGUUGUUAAAUCGGUUGAACAAUUCGAUGAACUCCUUUUACUUCUUUUAUUUUCUUCAUUGUGUUCGAUUUGAAAUAGUUUCAUUGAUAGUGAAUAAGUGCAUAAACCUUCAGUCAUUCGCUCUUUACGAAAAGAGCAAAUGAAAGAAGAAAAAAGUGAUUCCGUUGCUCAGAAAAUAAUUAUGUUUAAAUCAUAGACAUCAUAAAUCAUUUGUACCGAAUCUUUGCCGUAAUUUAUUCGCGCCAUUAAACAAUGAUCGUUGAGUGAAAUUUUGUUUACUUAUUUGCUGGUUGGUGGAGUAUAUAUCAUACUCAACAAAUAUGAUCAAUUUUUUUAAAUCUCGUUCGAUGAAACUCUAAUGCUUUUUUUUUUAAAUCAGAGCUACGAUAAUAUUCUCCAUUUUUUUACUCCUUUUUAUUUCGUUCAUCGAAUAAGAAAUAGAAAACGAGACGAAAUCUACGAAUGGAAAUCAAAAUAGAGACAAGAAUAACAGUGUUGUAUUGAAUAUGGAAUAGAGAAUCACGACGAAAAAUGUGAAGAAAAAAAACUGAAAAAAAGGUUCUCAUUCAAAGUAAAUAGCCGAAAUAGAGAAACCACAGGUUAGGGAAAUAAAAAAAGGCAUAGACGAAAUCAAUAUCGAAUCCGUGUGGCUGAUUAUUUUCGAUCAAUGUGUAUACAAAUACAUACAAAAUACUCUCUUGCUAACCAAUGAAAAAAAGGUAUAUUCCAUAACAGGAAUUCUUUUCAACAAAAAGGUGAACAAACAUACAACAAACAAAACUCAGUUCAAUUGGGUCUAUUCUAGAAUAUGUUUUGUAGUCGAAAUUAAAAAAAACUAAAUACUUGAAUUAAAUGCCAAGAAUAAAGCACUAUGAAAGUGAAAUACGCUCACAUUGAGUAAGCUAGAUCAAGAUGUGAUUCAUGUGUGUUUAUGAAGUAUUAAGUAAUAGUUGCAUCGUAUGGUGUAAAAAAUCCGCAACAAAUAAAGUGAAGACACACACAGAGAGAGAGAGAAAAUCAAUUCCAAAGAUAGCAUAAUUUUGAUGGAUUGCAUUUGUUUUAUUUUAUUGUUUGCUACUGAGACCGCAGUGACUUUGUUUUUGUGAUAUCGUAGGACAAAAAAGCAGCUAGCCACGCAAUUAUUUUUUUUUCACUUAAGUAACAAAGUACACGGAAAAUGACAUGGGAUCUUGUACAACGCGACACUACCUGUUGUCAAUAUGUAUGCUGCAGCUGCUUUCGAUCAUCGAACGGAACAUAUUCGACUUCAUCGGCUACAUGUGGGCGCCGAUAUUGGCUAACUUUUUCCAAAUAAUUUUUGUAAUAUUCGGAUUUUUCGGCGGUUAUCAAUUUAGCGCAAAAUAUCUUAUAACAUACACAAUAUGGACGCUGAUUUGGAUAGCAUGGAAUAUAUUUCUCAUAUGUUUCUAUUUAAAUGUUGGCGGUCUCAAUCGAGAUAGUGAUAUACUAAAUUUGGGUACUGGUUCAGUAUCGUGGUUCGAAGCAAAUGGGCCUGGCUGUAUACCAACUUAUCCAACAAACAUCACUUCUGAGGAUCCUUAUCGCUUAGUUCGACCAGAAUCUGUAGAAGGCUGUCUACUUGAAUACCAAACCAUCGAAGUUAUACAUUCUAGUUUUCAGCUAUUUUUGGCGAUUUUUGGACUCAUUGGAUCUCUAUGUUUAGCCCAAGUAUUUUUUGAUGAUGACGAUCGAUUCGAUUUUAUGGGUGGCGAUGCCAAAUGUGUGCAGCAUAAAAUCGUCAUGCCGAUGUACGUGAGCAUUCCGACAAUGAAAUCAACCAAAUUACUAACGAAUCCAUAUUUAGAUGUAACUACCACCAAUUCCACAAGCGCCGCUACAUAUAACCUAGAGAAAAAAUCAAUUAACGACCAUAACCAAAAAUCGACCAAUAACCGAAAUACAAUCAACAAUAUUAACAAAAACAAUAGAAGAUGCAAUGCAAAUAGCGAAAUUAAUACGAAUACAAACAUGAAUGCAACAAUAAAUGUAAACAGUGACAACAUCAAAACUUCUGACCAUUAUGCGACGAAUUUUUUUUCAAUGUCAUAUAAUCCAUACAAAAAUGGUACAAGCAAUGAACAUGCGUGCAAUGGUAUCGCUAAGAAAAUCAUGACAAAUCCAGUGCGAUCGCACAAUACAGAUAACAUUAAACGGCAGUACAAUCACAAUGAUAUUGUUUAUCGUAAUUCAAGUAAAUUGAGUUCAAUUCGACCUGGGUGCAGACCCCGUUCAAUUCGAUAUUCAGACUCCGAUGACACACGAUCUUCAUCAAUCGAUUAUAAUUUCAAUUAUGUUAAAUUUCGAUCACCGUUAAGUGCAAAUUGCAUGGCGUCAAAUUAUCGAGAUUCAAGUACAACAUCGACUCUUGCUACCGAAUGUAGCUUAUUUGUUCAUCCAUCAUCUAAACACGUUGAUGAAGAUGAAAAAAAGCAAUCAAUAGUUUUGUCAAAGGUGCAUAAUCACCCAAAUUGUCAGUGUGGCAUUCAAAAUUGUUGCCCAUUUGCUAAUGAAAGAUUCGAUAAUCAUUUGAUACAUCAUCGAUCACAUGGCGGUACAUGUAGUAUACAAGAUAGGCAAUAUUUUGUACAACGGUAUCCAUAUCGUCGUCGUGAUUUAAAUACGAGCAAUGCCCUCAACUAUGAUCAUAAAAUUCAUGAAUCACCGCCCGAAUAUGAUCAAGUCGAUGAUUUUCUCAUGAAGCGAACAUUUUCGCACGAUCGCUUAUUCUGUCAGCGAAGAUUAUUGACCGCUCGUAAUCGCACGAGGCCAAAAUCAUAUUGCAGUAAUGUCAGUUAUUGCCCAACACAACUAUAAAUUCGUUAUUUUUUGUUACUUUAACAUCUUAUGUGUCAAAUGUCCCACAUAAUUUCUCAAUUUUUAUUCAAUUCUUACAUUCUUCCAUUUUCGUACAGAUGUGUCAAUUUAUCGGUUGUUGAUUUUGAUGUAGCUUUUGAAUAUAAUACUAAAAAUGACGCAAUAUCACAAAACGUUUGUUAUGUACUCUUUGUUGAACAUGAGUGAUAUGAUUUUUCAGAAGGUUUUGUAUGGUUGAGUUUUGCCUAUCGGAGACGAAAAAAUUACGAGAGAAUUCAAAAGAAAUAUAAUCGAAUUUAAAGCAUAUAAUGCCCCCGAUUAUAAGGUUAUUUCUGAUAAAGAAAGAAAAAUAGUUCAAUGGAAACUAUGGAGUAUCUUUCAACGCAAUAUAAGUCGUAAUAGUCGAUCUCCACCAAAAAAAUUAUGCGUCGACGCCUUACGCCAAGGAUUGGUGUGUUUUUUUGUAUUUUUUAUUUUUGGAAUGAGAUUUUGGGUGUAUACAGUACCAUAGAAAAUGCUUCGAUUGAUGUGUUUGUUGCAAACAUAUGUUAUUUGUUACUUUUGCCUACAUACCAAUAAUAUUACAAUUAACAAAUCUGUAGAAUAAAGAUUUUUUUUCACUGUGACUUAA